CCAUGGCUCAGUCUUCUAUUAACCACGACGGGGGAAGUACGUGCGUCGCCACUCUCACUCACUAUAUUACGCGUUCCUACACUCAUCUAUACAAGUGACGCACGCAACAUGACCCCGACGCGGCCCGGGUCACGCCACUGAGGGACCGGCGACCUGAGCCUCAACAAUGGUGACCUGGCGGGUAGUGGUGGUGGUGGUGGUGACCUGUGCGGCGAUGAGGUCACGUGCCGAGGUCACUGUGGAUUGUGACCAUGUGUGCCAGAAGGUGGAAAACGUACACGGGGAGGAGACGACGGAGUGUGACGCGGCGUGCAGAAGAGACCAGUGUCUGGCGGGCUGUGGCGACUGGAGGGAAGGAUUGGACUCCACUUGCCAGGAUCUAUGUUCUGGCCUUGGAUGGAGCAGUGACGGUCCGCUGCACCGCUGUACCAUGGGGUGCGUGUACGCCGGCCAGGACUACGUGGACCGCAUCAGAGGUAUACUAGGUACCCCAGGGGCGCCUCACCUGAUCGGGGGCAGCUUGGGGGCGUCCAGUGUGGGGCUCAGAUGGUCAGGCUCCCCCCAGGUGCCUGACGCAAAGUACCUGGUGCAGUACCGCCAUGAGGGGCCAGCCACGUGGGUGUACUACCGCCCACACCACCCACUCAACACCACCCAUGCCACUGUACACCUCACGCCAUACACUAAGUACCAGUUCCGCGUGGCGUGGGUGGUGCUUCCCGGACACGCCCCCAUCAUGUCUUCCUCUAGUCUAUACAUCAGCACCCUCGCCUCAGGACCCCCCCGCUCACCCCCCACGGGUAUGAAGGCGGUGCCCCUGGACGGCUCGCGGGUGGAGGUGACCUGGGAGCCCCCCGUGUCACCGGGGAACCUCAUCUUCUACACCCUGUACCUGAGGGCGCAGCAGGGGGGCAGGGAGAUCAGGGACACCAUCAAGGCACACGAGGAGAGGAGGUACAUCCUCUCUGACCUCACACCAAACACGACGUACACGCUCAACUUGACAGCCAACACUCAGGAGGGGGAGGGUCCUGCCGAGGCCACCACCAUCACCACCUACCCCAAUGCACCAGCUGUGGAUGACGGCCAGGGGUACUUGCUGCUGACAUCCGGGGCCAGUCUACUCAAAUUAGGUCUAGUUACCAUUGACUCCCUGCACCACAUCUACAAUACCUCACGGAGACACCAGAUUACAGGCAUGGCAAUCCACAUCAGGCUUGGCAUUGUGUACAUCAGUGACAGCAGCGGGUCCAUCCUUCAGCUCCACCCAACCACGAACCGCUUCAGAACCAUUCUCUCCACCGACCACCUUCACGGACACCCACUUGGGCUCUCGGUGGACUGGCUCAAUGGACACCUGUAUUAUAUUAUUAGACAUGGACAGGUGUGGCAGUUGUGGAGGUGUGGUCUAAUGGGGGACUCACCGCAGCCUGUCCAUGGGGAGCUGCAAUAUGAAGCUAAACAUCUGCAAGUGGAUCCUUUUAAUGGGUACAUCUGGUGGAUUUCAGAGGACCUUGAACCGGGACUCCACCGCCUCGACCUGCUACCUGAUAGAGCUGCAGCAGGGUCAGGGGUGGAGGAGGUGGGCAGUGGAGGAGGGGAGGGGGGUCUGGGUGGAAGUGGUGGAGGUGGAGGAGGGAGAGGGCCAGAGGUGGUGCUGGAGUCCUCUGAUCUUGGAGGGUUGGUGCUGGACCCUCCCAACUUUCAGGUUCUUGUUGCUGAUCGGAGGAAGAAUGCAAUGCUGGCUGUGUCACUUGAUGGCACGUCCGUCACUCGCCUACAUCCGAACACCCAGCAGGCAUUCUUCCGUAACCUGUCCUCCGUGGUGUACCUCCAUCGCCGCUUCUUCUGGACUGACGGCAAGGAGGUGCUGACUGAGGAGCUUAACAAUGGCACUUUCUAUCAUAACAGUUACCUCCUGGUGGGCAACGUCAGCAUCGGGACUCUGGUAGCAGUGCAUAAGUCCACCCAGCCAGUGCCCGUCCCCCUCAACCCACCCACACACCUGCAGGCCGUCUUCACCCGCCGCUCGGCCACCCUCACCUGGAACACACCUGUCCUGCCCGCACUGAUGGGUAGCGGUGCGUGGCAGGACUGGCGUUAUGAGCUGCACAUUCGUGACGGUCGCCGCACCAUUUACCGCAACAACAUCACCACUACAGAGUACCUGGUGUCCUCGCUGCUGCCCGCCACCUUCUACAUCAUCAAGGUCAGGGCGUACUCCCAGGGUGGACACGGUCCCUGGAGUGCUGAGUUCCGUGGCAGCACCCUGGACAACACCCCAGAUGCACCCAGACUUGUGCUGGCCACCGACACACAGCUGCUCAUGACCAAUCUAGCUGGCAGUGACUCAAAAGUGGCUGUGUCGCAGGCCAAGCUGAUGACUGAACUGAAGGGCGGCCGCAUCAGUGACCUGGCCUUCUACCGGGAUACACUGGUACUGGCAGUGACCAAUCAGAGCAGCAUCUUGGUCAACACCACCAGUGGCACCUUCAGGAGGCUGCCGGGGACCAAGGGCGUGCUGAGUCUGGCUGUGGACUGGGUGGUUCAUAGACUCUUCUGGGCCAACCCUCACAAACAGAUGAUUGGGUGGAGUGGCAUGGAGGGCACAGCACACGGGCCUUUCAACGUGGUGACGGCUGCAAGGGAGGUGAGGGUGGACGCACUGCAUGGCCGCCUGUACUGGACCACCUCCCAUGCUCUCCUCUCCUCCACUCUCGCUGGCAGAAAUGUCUCCACCCUCCACCGGGAAGGGAUCUUUAGUGGCAAACAGGUGUAUGGAUUGACAGUGGAUGCAGGUGGAGGGCGAGUGUGGUGGGUGGUGAGGGAUGUGGAGGGGUGUCACCUGUAUGCCACCCUCUCCAGCCCAUUCCAACCCCCACACCUCACUGAAAUACCCAAGAUGCUUCCUCACAGUGUACAAGUUGGGUCGAUGUGGUACCUGUCAGAGCGCCUGGUGUGGCUGGGGGAGGAUGGAGACAUGGUGGUGGCGGACAUCAGCCUCAACAACUCCGCCUCACUCCACACCGCCAGCCUCAAAGUAUCCAAGUUCACUGUGGUUCUUGCUGCCCUCCACCCUACCCCUGAAGGCGUCACAGCUCCAGGGGUCCUUCCGGGGCGUAUAGAUACCGAGGGUGUGCAGGUCCUUGGUGGUGGUGACUGGGACAACUUCACCAUCACCUGGCCUGCCAUCACCACCAUCACUCACGGGGACCUGGUGUACGAGGUGGUGGUGGGGGAGGCUAAGACACCCAUCAUCACCACCAACACCUCCCUCUCUUACACCAACACCUCCCUGCCCCCAUAUUCGCCUCUCAGGGUGUCGGUGAGAGGGGUGACCAACUGGGGGGUGGGGCCGCGGGUGGUGACGGUGUUGAGGACGCCGCCAGCUCUCCCAGGGGUGCCUCAGGACCUCAGGACAUUUGUUAUGAGACCUGUCAAGGACAGCCCCCCAACCAUCUGUCUGCGCUGGUCUGCCCCGACACACCCUAAUGGCGCACUGACGGGUUACACAGUUGCAUUCUGGGUGGGACACAAGGGAGCUAAUGGGACCUCUAAGGAAGUGUGGGUGCCUGCCUCCCCUACACAGUUCCUCCUUCAUGACCUGGACCCUUCUGCAGUUUACAUGUUCAAGGUGUCAGCGAUCAACACAGUGGGAGAGGGGCCAGCCAGCACAGCAGUCAGCACCCAGCCACAGCACCACAGCCCCUUGCCACUGCUGCUUGUGGUGCGUGCUAACCAGUCUCGCGCCACAAGCCUGGAUGCUGAUUUGGGGGUGGAAGAGACGCUGGUAUGGGGUGCUGCUCUGGGGGUGCGGUUCGUGGCUCCCCUGCUUCCCCAUUACAUCAAGGCCUUUCCCAGUAGUGCCUCUAGUGCCUAUGCCAGUGCCUUGAGUGCCGAACUGCCCUUGUCGUUGUCCUCUUCGUCACUAAAACAACCUGAUCACAUCUCGUCUUCUGAAACGCCAAAAUUCCCGUCGUUUCCCUCAUCUCCUUCGACGCCCUCAGAAAAUCAUGAUUCUCUGCCCGUCUCCACCUCAAACACCUCCACUCUACAGUCCACAUUUCACCACAGUCUGUCACCCACUCCACCUCCCCAUCCACCUCCUCCACCUCUCUGCUGGCGUGGGGACAUAAACUCGGACAUUUUCCUCACCCACACCCACACUAAUGCCACAGAGCGAGUCUUGAGGCUGGUGGGGGAAGGGGUGGGGCUGGCGCUGGACUGGGUGGGAGAGGUGGUGGUGUGGGGGGAAAAGCGGCCACCCUCCCCCAACAUGACCCUCCACUCCCUGAACUUGUGGAGGAAAGGAGAGGGCAGCAGGAAGGUCAGGGAGGUGGUGGUGCAAGGAAAAGUGGUCGAUUUUCUUCUCUCUUCAUUGACAAGCCAAGUGUUCGUGGUGCACAGCGUGGGCCAGCGGCUGCAGCUGUCCGUGAUGGGGCUGAAGGACGGCAAAGAGCUGGAGAAUGUGUUUGAUCAGAAGAGGAGUCAGAAAUGCAACUGCAGGAGGAACCCAAAUUUAACAGGAGCCGUGACCCUAGACUCCACCAACACCUCCAGUCUCCACCUGUACUUCUCCGCAUCCUCCUCCACCAGCACGACCACCUCCUCCUCUAGAUGGUCAGCCUCCACCUCCUCCUCCACUUUGGUGUAUAGAAGUGACUUGGAGGGUUGUGUGUGUGAGGCUGUCUUUGAUCCCAAGCUGUAUGGAUUGGACUCCUGCACACAUUUAACGGUGGACUCAACACACCUCUACUGCCACUCUGCCACCGCCCGCAUGCUGGCCUGGGUGACAAAGGGCGCAUCACACAGCGGCCCUGCCCAUACCCUGCCACUGGGGGAGGUGUCUGCCAUCCUGCCCCUGGACCCUGCCACCCAGCCCCUGCCAGCCGCGUCUUGUCUGGUGAUGCGCAACUAUACCCGUCCCCCUAAACUGGUGGGGAGCCGGGAGACAGCAAUUGGCUUGGAACUCUCGCCCCCCCUGCCCCUCACCCCAGACUGUGGCCACGUCAGCCUGCCACCCCCACCUUCAUCCUCUACUAUGGUCCUGUGGCAGAUGUCGAUGGGAAGGAUGGCCAUGGCUGUGCUGUGGAUGUUACUAAGUGCUGGUGCAGAGCCCAUCAUGACAGUGGAGGAGCUGCAGCCAUACACCCACUAUGUGUUCAGGGCGGCUGUGGAGACUGUGUACAACCAGCACCUCGGCCUUCCCUCCCAUCCUGGGCCCCCAAAGACCUAUCGCACCAAGGCUAAAGCGCCUGAGGGAGUAGGAGAGGUGGCUACGGAGGCUCUCUCGCCAGAGGAGGUGCGAGUGAGUUUCCAGGCAGCAGCGGGGGAGAAUUACGAGGUGCACUGGAGGGGGGGAGGGUCCACUGCAGGCCCCAUCCGUCCUCCACCACCCCCCACCUCACAGCACCUCCUGGUUACCAUCCCCAAUCUCUCCCCAAACACUAAGUAUGAGGUCUGGGUGAAGGUGUUCUCCAAAGAUGGCUUGGUGGAUGUGGACUCAGAACACGUAGAGGUGAUGACCCUGCCUUCCCUGCCAGCCCUCUCCCUGCGCCACUCCUACGCCCGCUCCCUGCUGGUGGCCUGGACCUCCCCUGCCGAUAGCUCUGUCAAUAGGCAUAGGUUCCAGUACCUUCCUGAGGGCAAGUCACGCUGGAGGUCGCUGGACACCGAAAUGACCUCACCUGACCACACCUACCUGGCUAACCUGACCCAGCUCCUCCCAGCCACACACUACCUGUUCAGAAUCCAGGUCGUUUACACACACACAUUGCAUAACUACUCCUGGCCGUCAGAACCGCUGUUUAAUUAUUCCACACUCAGUGAAAUCCCAGGACCCCCGGGGCAGGUAAUGAGGCAGCAGGUGGGAGGUCUUCCUUUGGGUAGUGGCCUGAAGGUAUGGUGGAAGCAGGCCAAGGCUAACGGGGCCCCCAUCAUUGCCUACACCCUACAGGCCGCCCCCUACACCCACCACACCCCCACUGCUGAACACACCACCAGGGCACCCAACACCACCUUCACCACUGUGUACAAUGGCUCAGACAAUGAGUGGAUGAUACAGGGGCUUGACGACACAUCCAGCUACAUUUUCCGAGUGAGAGCGGUGAACAAGCUGGGCCAGGGAGAGUGGGGAGAGGAGAACAUCAUCAGCACUGUCGCCGGCCCCACCAUGCUGAACAGAACACACCUCCCCACCAUCCUGUACUCCACCAUACCCACCAUUGCUGCCCUGGUGUUGAUGCUUUGCCUUUCUGGUGGUCUAGCCAUGAGGAGGACAGAGAAGAAGAAGAGGAAGGCCAAGGCUGCUUCCAUCUCAGACGCCUCACUCCACCACCCGCACCACCACCAUCCACGGGGCAGAGAGGUGGAGCUGGCUAACCUUGGCCACCUCCCCACCAGCACCAACUUUGUCACUGAGAAUAAUGUUUUGUACGACAUGACUAGCUUCCCAGGCGACGACCUUGACCUUCCCCACGUGUCCCGGCAAUGCAUCACGCUGACCAAGUUCCUGGGCAGCGGGGCAUUUGGUGAGGUGUUUGAGGGUACUGCGUGUGGACUGCCCGGCCGCCCUGAUGUUACUAAGGUUGCCAUCAAGACACUCCGCAAGGGUGCCACGGAGGGAGAGAAGGUGGAGUUCCUGAAGGAGGCACAGCUGAUGAGUCACUUCCAACACGAGCACAUCCUGCGUCUCCUGGCGGUGUGCACUGACCACGAUCCGUUCUUCCUCAUCCUGGAGCUGAUGGAGGGAGGCGACCUGCUCUCCUACCUCAGGACAAGCCGGGGGAGUGACGUUGGACUUACACUUGGGGACCUGGUGGACAUGUGCCUGGAUGUGGCUAAAGGGUGUGUAUACCUUGAAGAGAUGCAUUAUGUCCACCGUGACCUGGCUGCUCGGAACUGCCUCGUGUCCACCACCGACCCACAGUCCCGCAUUGUGAAGAUUGGUGACUUUGGACUAGCCAGGGACAUCUACAAGAAUGAUUACUACAGGAAGGAGGGUGAGGGGCUGCUGCCGGUGCGGUGGAUGUCCCCAGAGAGCCUGAUUGACGGGGUGUUCACGAGUCACUCCGAUGUGUGGGCGUUUGGCGUGCUGCUGUGGGAGAUCCUGACUCUGGGCCAGCAGCCAUACCCCGCCCGCACCAACCUAGAGGUGUUGCAUCACGUCAGGAGUGGCGGCACCCUCACCAGGCCCCCCGGCUGUCCUGAGGAGCUACACAAGCUGAUGGAGAGGUGUUGGAGCUACAGCCCUGAGAGAAGACCAACUUUCAAGGAGUGUCUAGGAGUGUUGCUGCUAUUGGCGGAAGCUAUCUCGGCCCUCCCUGCCCUCGCUGUGCAUAACGUUCACUAUAUUGGAUCCAGUGGUCAUUGUGGCCGAGAUAACUUGGCCUACGCAGCUGAUGUUGACGAGAACCAUAAUUCAACAGCAGGCAACUCAGGGAUUAGCGAGGAGGACUGCUUACCUGAGACAAGCGCCCUGGAGAGGAGAAGGAGGAGGCAGAGGCGGAGGAGCAGUCUGGAGGAGGAGGGAGGCACUGUCAACAUGGAGGACGAGGACGAGGAAGAGGAAGAGGAGGAGAGUGACUCUUUCUCUGGCGCCAGUACCCUCCCUCUCACUGCCCCAUUGAGACGAAACCAGCAGUACCUCCAAUUAGUUAACGAACCCUCCCCAGCCUCCCCACCCCUCUCCCCACGGCCACCAUCCCCCCAGGCCCCAGCCACCCUCCGAAGCACCCUGAGUGACUGGGGGAGGCUGGGGCAGGUAAAUGGGGUGAAUAAUGGGGUGCCUGGUCAUGUAUUCCCUCCCACACCUCACUCCUUACCUCCAUCACCCCAUCACCUCCCUCCGUCAUCCUUCCCUCUCCCCACUACCUCGAAUCACACCCUCCCCCCAUCACCCAUCACCCCAGCCAAUAACACCCCAUCACCCAAGCAUGUCCCUUCCUUCCCCAUCACACAGUCACACACCCCAUCACCAGUCACAUCCCCAACUAGUGUUACCUUCACAUUUCCUGCAGUUCCCGGCCUCACCACAUCCCCGCACACCACACCCCUGCCACAGAACCACCACUAUUACCUCCGCCCCACUAGCAAUAAAGUCUGCACCCCCUCGCAACCCCCAGCCACCCCCACGUCCUCCUCUUACGUAAAUAUGAGGGUUGGGGUGGAGGGGGUGGAAGGUGUGGAGGAGGGGAGCGAUGGUGAGGUGGAGAAUCACAGGUUGAGUGGAGUGUCUGCUCUCUCGGCAGUGAGUGGAAUGACCUCAGCUUCCACUAUUGACCUGGAUCACGUGCCCACUCAGUCCUCUUGGUGUUGAGUCAGUUUACGAGUCAGUUUAUUGGGUGCUGAGUUAGUUGAGUGGGAAUAGAGUGCUUGAUGUGUCUGUUAGUUGUGUUCAGUCAGUCAGUCAGUCAAUCGUUCAGCCAUUCACCAUAUCAGAGUCAGUUUUUCAGUCUUUCAUCCAGUCAUUCAUUCAUUCAGUCAGUGUCAGUCAGUCAGUCCUUUUAACUCACUGCUGACUCACCCAUUCCCAUAUUAGCAACUUGACUGAUGAGUAAGCCACCUUCAGAACCUCAAACAGAACCUCAUCUAUGCCACCUGUGAACUUAAAGAGGCUAUAGACAAGUCAGGUCUUCAAGUGUGUGUGCCAAAUGUUAAAAAGAUCAGCAGUUGUAUGUCAGUAAGUCACUCAGGGCAUUGUGGGGGAAGUGAGAAGGGGAGGUAACUCUUUCACUGCAAAAAUCUAACAACACUGAAAGCAUGGACAAGAAUAGUGAUGGAAAAAAAAAAGAGUAGAUUUGCUGUUUCUAUGCAGUGGAGUGUUUAGAAGUGACUAGAACAAGAAGAGAUGUGUUAGAUAUUAGUGAAAGAGUUGAGGUGUUAAUAAAUUGACUGAUAUACUAAGCUGUUAAGUCUGCUUGAAUGAAUUUGUUGUUAAGUCACCACAGAACUGAAUGGAUUAAAGUGAACUGUUUGUACAGCUAGAAAUGUGACUUAAUGGUGAUAAUAUGUGACAGUGUGGUGAUAGAUUGAUUAUAGUGAAUGAAAGAAGGAAGGAGUUUUGGAGUUAGAAAAAGAAAUGAGUGACUGAAGGUAACCAAAGAUAAACAAAUUAAGAAAAGGAUUUGGUAGAUACUGUAAUGACUGAGUGUAAUUAGGGGAAGUGAGAAGAAAGAAGUGAAGUAAUGGAUAUUGAAAAAAGUAAAUGAAAAUGCUAAAAAAAAAAAGAAUUUAUGAAGAAAAAAUGAAUGACAGAAAAGGGCAGAAAAGUUGUGUAUAAUGAAAAAAAAUAAGUGAUUUGAAAGAAAAAAUAAUGAAAAUUAGCAACUUACAAUGGAAAAAAAAAUUAUUUCAAACGCAAACCAGUGAAUUAUGAAUUAUUUGAAUAAAAAAAUGCUCUUACAAAAAUUAUUAUUUGUGAUAGAAAAGAACAAAAAAGUUACCCAUGAAUGAUUUUGCGAUGGACGAAAACAGUAAUGGGUAACUUAGAAAACAGAAGAGAACUUGAAGAAACAGAAAAUGGACAUCAUGUAACCAAGAGAAAAUGGGAGAGGAGUGUAAUGGGACAGAAAAUGAGCAUUGGGUAGCCAAGAAAGAUGGGAAGAAGUUUCUGGAAUAGAAAAUGAGAAUAUAUUAAAGGAAUAGAGAAUGUAAUGAAAAGAUACUUAAAGAAUAUAUAGAAAAUAAAGAUUAGACAAAGAAAAGGAACAAAAUUAACAAUAAAGAGAAAGAAGAGAGCAUUUGAAAACAGACACAAGAGAAAAUUGGUGCUGGGAGAUCCAGAGAAAAGGGGAAGAGGUUAUUGGAACAGGAAAAUGGAGAUUGAAUAGCUUAAAGAAAACGAGAAGAGA